UUUUUAAAUGUUCUAUUGUUUUUUAGAUGCUAAUUAGAGGUCCUAUAAAAAUACUAAGAAGUAUAUCACCCAGCACGAUAGUAAGUACGUAUAUAAGAGGAUGCUUUAAAAAAGAACCUCUGUUGUGCAGUGGAAGAUUAUUUUCAACUUCCCUGGCAUCAGUCAGCAUAGACACUAAAAGAAAUGAAGAACUGCAUGAAACAAUAAAUAAAAUACAAAAAGAUGCUGCUUUAGAUCUAAAGAACAAGAAAGUGUUUGCAGUUGUUUACAUUGCUGGCUCACAGUUUAAAGUUGCUCACAAUGAUGUGUUAAUGAUAAAUCAAAAAAUUGCAGCAGAAUGUGGGGAUUUAAUUAAGUUAGAAAAGGUAUUGGCAAUAGGAGGAAGAAACUUUACUUUAUUUGGUCAACCAUUGUUGAAACGUGAAAUGGCGAAUGUAGAGGCUAUGGUCAUGGAAAAAACGAAAGGUGAAAAAAAGCAUGUGUUCAAGAAGAAGAGGAGAAAAGGAUACAAAAGAUGGAAAGGACAUAGACAGGAUUUGUCAGUACUAAAAAUAAAAAAGAUUGAUUUCGAUAAUAGUGUUUUAUGAAUAUCUAAAUGAAUCAUUUGAACCAAUCAAUGAAUUAACAAAUUGAUUUAAGUGAAUUUUUAGCAAUAGUGGAAGAACAUACAUGAAAGCACCGUCCACAUCAAAAAAACCUCAAAAAUUAUGGUUGUAAUUUUAUUAUUUACCAUGGCUAUGUAUAUAAUGUUGAUUACAGUUGCAUUUAUAAUUUCAGUAGACAAAAAAAUAACACAUUUUGUAAUAUUAAUUACUAUAUUUCUUUAUUAGA